GAGAGAGAGAGAGAGAGAGCAAACAGGACUGGAAUGUGUCUAGAACAGUCCAGCAAAGGAAGUGGAGUGUGCACCAAGACAAAGUUUGAAACAAUGCUCAGAGAGACAGGAUCUUUUACCUGCAAGAGAUUGGGCAAGCGUGGCGCAAGGGGAGCGUCAGAGACGCUGUGCAGAGUUUCGUGAUUUCUCUUGGGCCCUUUUUGUACACAGGGACAAGUGGUCAUCGAGUGGUUGAUUGCGUUGGGUGUCCUGGAAAGAGUGUUUCUCGAGCGUAGCCCAGAGCGAGAAUCCUUCAUUCUGAUUCUGUUUUUUGUCAGGAUGAACAAAGUAUUGCCGAGCCUAAGUCAGUGAUCGAAGUGAACAUUGACACAAUUAUCCGACAUCUUAACAAAAUAGUAGCGAGGGAAAGCGAGAAAAAACCAUGUCAGUGACAAUGAUGUCUUCCGCUUCCGCCGCAGCCUCUCGCCUCGUCCCCGCUUUGCGUGUACCGGAGGAAUUGUGUUCAAGUUGGAUAAGAGGUGCUGGAUGGACGAGCGCAUCCUACAGAGGUCGUCUGGAUAGAGAGGUUGUUCAGAGGGGCCAGUGCUCAAGCCAAUCGUUAGCUGUCCGGGCAGUUUCAACUACAACUAAGACUUCUAGUGGCCCCGCAACCGAUCAAAGUGAAAGACUUGCAAAGCUCAACGAGCUUCUGGUUGAGGUGGCGAAAACUGCAGCUAACACGGGCCCUAGAGGCGCCGUUCGACUCGCUCAAGGCCUGGAGGCAGUGGCAACUGUCGGUGCCGAAUGGCUUUUGCAGCAAACACAAGGUGCACAAAUAGCUGUAAAUGCAAGAUCCCCUUUCGCAUUAGACCCACCUGGUCCGAAACAACUGCGGAAACUUUUCGAGAAGCUUGGUGCAACCUACAUCAAGCUCGGCCAGUUCAUUGCGUCAGCACCUACUUUAUUCCCUGCUGAGUACGUAAAAGAGUUUCAGAGCUGCCUUGAUAAAACUCCGCCAAUUUCUUUCAAUCAAAUUAAAGCAAUCAUUCGACAAGAUCUUGGCCGAUCGCUCGAGGAUGUGUACGAAUAUAUCGACCCAGAACCUCUUGCAUCAGCUUCAAUUGCACAAGUACAUGCGGCAAGGCUGAAGGAAAGCCAGAAAGAUGUGGUCAUAAAAGUUUUGAAGCCAGAUGUUGAAGAUACUCUGACAGUAGAUCUCAACUUCAUCUACAUCACUGCGAAAGUGUUGGAGUUCCUUAACCCACAAUUAAGUCGGACCUCUUUGGUGGCGAUAGUGGGUGAUAUUAGAGCGUCCAUGUUGGAGGAAGUAGACUUUAGGAAGGAGGCCAUGAAUAUUGAGGCCUUCAGAAACUACUUAGAGGCUACUGGUUCUACUCGUUUGGCCACUGCUCCCUAUGUGUAUCGCCAUUGCAGUUCUCGGAGGGUGCUUACAAUGGAGCGCUUCUUCGGAGCACCAUUAUCGGACUUGGACUCCAUACGAUCAAUUGUUCCGAACCCGGAAGCUACACUAAUCAACGCACUUAAUGUUUGGUUCGGCAGUUUAAUUGCAUGUGAGACUUUUCACGCAGAUGUUCAUGCAGGAAAUUUACUCGUAUUGAAAGACGGCCGUAUCGGCUUCAUUGACUUUGGUAUUGUGGGCCGAAUUUCCCCAGCAACGUGGGUAGCCAUGGAGACGUUUUUGAACUCUAUUGGCAGCAAUCAGUACCCGGCAAUGGCCAAGGCACUAGUGACAAUGGGUGCGACUGCUGAAAUAAUAGAUAUCGACAGUUUCGCAAAGGAUUUAGAAAAAAUCUUCACUGCCGUUGGGGAUCUGGACUCUGAUGUCCUUAUAACAGCAGCUGGAUCACCUGGUGGGCCGGCAACGGUAGCUGCGUCGAUGGCCUUUGAUGAGCAACAAGUUAAUGCCCUACUGUUAGAAGUGAUCCGGGUUAGUGAAAGCUAUGGGUUGCGAUUUCCACGAGAAUUCGGGCUUCUUUUGAAACAACUUCUCUACUUCGACCGUUAUACUCGUCUGCUAGCACCCGGCCUUAAUGUCUUCGAGGACGACAGAGUCCAAAUAGCAUCCAGCCGUGACACAACUUACUUCACCUAAUUCUGCCCCUCCCUUUGGCAGCAACCAAUCUGGCCUCCUUUAAGACCUUCAGAUGUUCUUCUAUCAUGUACAUUACAAAAGCUUUCAACCUAUCACUUACGAGAAGAAGCUGUUCGCAAAGUGCGAUGAGCUCACCUUUACUUGGUAAGCACGACUUGUGUCAUAUAUCUUCCUCUCCCAUGACAGCUCAAAGUAUCUCCUCAUGGUUCCCACUUCAUCGCUACUUCACACACUCUUGAAGAGCUCUCAUGGGCAUGGACAUGUUCUGUAAAAAUUUAACUUCUCCAC